GAUCAUCAGCAUAAAGCCUGGUCACGCGGAGCGGGCGAGUCACUGCAGCACAAACACCUUCACCACCCGACACAUUCCAGAUUCACAACACGACACUGCGGUUCGAGAGAAGCUUUUGCCCGAGUCACGAUGCUUCUCACGCUACUCUUUAUCUCCACGGCCGUUGCGAGUCCCCUGUUGGGUACGGAGCAGUGUGCCCGCGGUCCACCCUACUGGUGCCAGAACGUGAAGACCGCUUCCCUUUGUGAUGCCGUCCAACACUGCCAACAGAACGUGUGGAACAAGCCUCAGAUGAAAUCUGUGCCAUGUGAUCUGUGCAAAGAAGUGUUGGUGGUGGUGGAGCAGCUUUUGAAGGACAAUGCCACACAGAGCGAACUCCUGGACUACAUGGAGAAGGCCUGUCAGCUGAUCCCUGACGAGGGCCUGGCUGACCAGUGUAAGGAGAUCGUUGACAACUACUUUCCCAUUCUCAUGGGCAUCCUCGAAGGAGAGCUGGAUGACCCCGGUGUGGUCUGCAGUGCUAUGGGCCUGUGUGUGUCCCAGCAGGCAGCUCUGGCUGAGCUCGUAUCCAAUGAGAUCCCUAAGGUGGACCUGAACCAGCGUGUCAGCCCCUUCCUGCUCAACAUCCCUCAGCUGCUCUAUCCCCAAGACAACACCAAGGAGACCCCCAAACAGACUGGUGGAGAUGUGUGCCAGGACUGUGUUACGUUCAUCUCUGACACUCAGGAGGAAGCCAAAGCCAAUUCCUCAUUUGUCAACACACUCCUCGCGCAGGUGGAGAGCCAGUGUGAUCUGCUGGGACCUGGCAUGUCUGAUAUGUGCAAGGAGUACAUCAGCCAGUAUGGGCCACAGGUAUUCGAACAGUUUAUGUCCAUGGAGAAGCAAGCCAAGGACAUCUGCUCUGGUGCUGGAUUCUGCCCCACUCAGAUUAAAUCUGUGCGCAUGGAGAAGCUGAUGCCCGCCAAAUCAAUCCCUGCUGUCAAGAUGUUCCCUGCAACCAAACUUGAAACACCUGUCAAAAGCAAGCCUGCUGUGACUCUGGUGCGAGUACGUGACUCUCCUCAGUGUGCCAUCUGUGAGUUUGUAAUGAAGGAAAUUGAGGGCUUGGUUCAAGAUCACACAUCUGAGGAAGAGAUUGUGCAGGCUGUGGAGAAAGUCUGUGAUAUUUUACCCUCCACACUCACAGCUCAGUGCAAGGACCUGGUUGAGACCUACGGCCAGGCCAUCAUUGAACUGCUUGUGCAGGAGGCCGAUCCCAAAACCAUUUGCACUUUCCUCGCUCUCUGCAGUGGGGUCAACCAUGUCCCUGUAAUGGACAAGCAGCGGUUUGAAGUGGGAGGCUUCUGUGACGUGUGUAAGAUGGCAGUGCGUUAUGUGGACGGGAUCCUGGAGCAGAACGCCACUCAGGCAGAGAUCGAGGUGGCUGUGCUGAAGGUCUGCAACUUCUUGCCUGACGCUGUCAGAGAUGAGUGUAACCAGCUCAUUGAGCAGUACGAGCCUCUUCUGGUGCAGCUGCUGCUCCAGACGCUGGAUCCUGACUUUGUCUGCAUGAAGCUGGGAGCGUGUCCUGAGGCAGUGAAGAGGCUGCUGGGAUUGGAGCAGUGCAGCUGGGGACCAGCAUACUGGUGUAAGAACGUGGAGACCGCUUCUCGCUGUAACGCCUUGGAUCACUGCAGACGUCACGUCUGGAGCUAAAGGAUGAGCAGAGCGGUCCUCAACAAUCUUUGGAAACUAAAGGAGAACUGCUGUAGAGCUGCUUUUCGGUUUUAAAAUCAAUAUUUGGGUUUUCUUUAAAAAGUGACAUUUGAAAUUGGUCACUUGUAAUUUAACAGCCUUGUUUCAGGGGAAGUGAGCUUUUACUAUAGUUUGAGGGGGCAGGGGUUCGGAGGGAGUUAUGAACUGCAGGUGUAGAUGUAUGGGAAAUACUUGCACUGAAACCUUUUUUUUUUGCGCUAUUUUGGGGACUUAUCUUUUAGAAUAAUAUUCUUUUAGUUGUACAAUGUUGAUUUCUUUAAAUAUGCACACAGCGUGAGUUUAUAUGGAGAUAUGUGUCUUUAUCAGAAGAGGUGGUCUGAGACCCCUGAGAAUGAAGAUGAAAUGCUUUUGGAUGCUCUGGUAUCCCUGCCUCCCUCUUUCACUGCACCUGCAAGGCCAGUCCUCGAAAUCUUUGUUUUUAAUGGAAGUCGAUUAUCUCUAACUGUCACUGUUUAUUAAUGAUCUGAAGGGGAAGUGAUUGUGGCAUUCUUCAUCUGAUCCCACUAACUGCUGCCCAUCACCGAUUGAUCUGUCACCGCUACAUACAUGUCUUUUAUCCUUGUGCUUCACAUGGUUUGUUUUUUAAAAGUGAAAAUAAAACCAAUUUGAACCCCA